UUUUGUUAUAUAUGCAUUUGCUAAUUAGAGUUAUAUUGGUACUUUCAUAAAUGUAACAAUUGCGAAGUGAUGGCAACUCUUAUUAUAUGUCAAAUAAAAUUAAAGUUUUGUAUUGUUGCUUUGGGUGUUUCUUACUUCUUAAGUGCCGCAUAAAAUAAGAAAAAAAUAUGCAAUAUAAUUUGUGUUGAAUGGUAGCUGAUAUUGAAAAAUGUAAUUAUUGGAAGUUCUGAAAAGUUUAUGUAUUAAAAGAUUUGUGUGUACUUUCUCAUAUUACAUUGGAAUUUGUUUUGAAUAACGAGGAUUAAAAUACGCAACACAGUUGAGCUAUUAGAUUUCGCACAAAAAAUAAAAGCAAGCAAACAAAAAGCCGGAAAGUUUUGAAGUUUACAAAUCAUCCAGAAGCACCAGACUGGAUACAUCUAUAAAAAUCAAACGAAUAUUUUAACACAAAUUUCUACGUGUUAAACACAAUAUCAAUAUGAAUGUUUUUCGGUUAGCUGGUGACUUGUCUCAUGUAUUUGCAAUAAUAGUCUUAUUGCUGAAAAUAUGGAAAACGCGUUCCUGUGCUGGCAUAUCUGGCAAAUCACAGAUAUUAUUCGCUUUAGUGUUUUUUACGCGCUACCUUGAUCUAUUCACUACCUAUGUUAGCUUGUAUAAUUCAUUGAUGAAAGUGUUAUUUUUGUCUGCGUCGGGUGCUACAGUUUAUCUUAUGUACGUUAAAUUCAAGGCAACUUACGACCACAAUCACGAUUCAUUCCGUAUUGAGUUUCUGUUGAUACCAUGUGUGUUACUUUCAUUGCUUAUCAAUCAUGUCUUUAAUGUAAUGGAAGUAUUGUGGACCUUCUCAAUUUACUUGGAAUCUGUGGCAAUAUUACCGCAACUGUUUAUGGUCAGUAAGACAGGAGAAGCUGAGUCUAUAACAAGUCAUUAUUUGUUUGCUCUGGGCUCAUAUCGUGCACUUUAUUUGCUUAACUGGGUGUUCCGUUAUAUCGUGGAGUCAUAUUAUGAUCUUAUUGCGAUCUUUGCUGGUAUUGUACAAACAAUUUUGUAUUGCGAUUUCUUUUACUUGUAUAUUACUAAAGUGUUAAAAGGCAAGAAAUUGCAACUGCCUGCUUAAGCUAAGCAGACAGUAAGCAUAUAAAUUAUUAAAUACUAAAAAAGAUGCCCUUGCAAGGAAAUCAAUAAAUAUUUAACUUAUGUAAUUGUAAAUUAUAUGAUUUAAAGAAAAAUAAUUAAAUUUUAAGUUUCCUACAAUAAAUUUGUAAAUUCUUAUUCAUUGCAAAAUAAUAUUUUAAUAGUUUAGAAUUGAACAUUAUGCGAUAAUUAAUAAUGCUUACAAUUUGCUUUCAAUGAACAGGGUCUAUAUAAAACAAUAAUAUUUAAAGUUUUUAAAAAAUGAUAAAUGAUAUAAAUAAAUUAGGUCAGUACAUUACGUUUUCAAUUGUCUUAUAGACAGGCUGUACUGUCUAUAAAUGCAACGUAUGCGUUAUUUUAAUAAUGUUUGUAAUAAAUUGUAAUCGCAACUGCUAAAGUUUUAUUAAAUACAAUCUCAUAUUUUAAUGAAAUAUAAAAAUUGAAUAAAAAUCAUUUUGGAUUUUCAUAAGUCCAAAUUUCUUAGUUUAUAUUAUAAAAAUAAAAUUUU